GUUUUUAUGAUUGUACUAUUUUGAAUGUUAAUAUUUGGUAUAUUGACGUGGAAGCGUAAAGUUUUAGUUGUUAGUCUUUAUAUAUUUAUUUGUUUUGUUUUAAUAUAAUAUACUUAUUAUCUCCUAUAUAAAGUGACUAUAGUUGCGUUAAGUUUAAAAAUGCCGCCCCAGAAAGGAAAACAAGGAACCAAAGGGCAAAAGCAAAUUUUAGAGGAAAAUAAAGAAACUUUAAAAUUUUACCAGUAUAUGAUUCUUGGUGGAAAUGCUGUGUAUUUAGUAGUAACUUUAUUAUUUUUUGAUCUUCUUAAUUUUUUUAAUGUGUUUAUGCUGAUAUUGACUACAGCAUUGUAUAUUGCAAGCUAUCAGUUUAUGGCUUACAUGGCAAAAGCAAAGUUCUCUGAAACUGGUCAAUUAUUAGAUGCAGGGGUUGAUCUUAAUUUGGUGGGUGGCAUUGCUGAACAUGUCAAAGAUAUGAUUAUCCUUACAGCUGGAACUCAAGUACUGUCACUGAUAUCAAAUUACUUUUGGUUCUUAAUGCUUCUGGCUCCAGGUAGAGGAUUUUAUUUUCUUUGGACCAAAGUACUUGCUCCUUAUUUCUUUCAACAAGCUCCACCACAGGAAGUAGAUGAAAAAAAACAAAAGAAACUGGAAAGGAAAAUGAGAAGACAUUAAAGUUUUGGAUGAUAUUAUUAGAAGAAAUUAUAAAACUUGCCAGUCAUCACAGCAAUAAUCAGUAACAUGCAGUUAAAAGUAUGUUCUAAAGAAGAUAGAAGAGGCCUUGGUAUUGCUAAAGAAAGCCCAGGAACUACAUCAAUGUUAAAUUUUGUUCUGUGUCAGAACAAAGGAAUAAGUUAUUUUAAAUACAGAAUAAAAUAAUUCUUUUAUUUUUUAAAUAAAAGCUAAAACCAAUUGCUAAUUCUACAUAUGAGAAUCUUUCAACAUUAAAAAACAACAAUUACAUUAAUAGAUAAAAAAUUUGUUUGUUAAUUGAAUAUUCUUUACUUUAACGAAAGGGAGUAUACUGAAUAAUUAAGUAUUUGUUUUUUUAAAUUAUAUUAGCAUUAAAAAUGCAACAUGAGAUAGCCCAUUUUGUAUGUUGAUAACUAAAUAUGUUGGUAGUCCUACAGGAAAUUGUUCCAUUUCUUUGAAUCAUGUUAAGCUUCCAUUACAUAACUGACUAAUAUAUUGCUCAGAACAUUUACUAAUAUUAGACUUCCAUCAUUCCCUCAUAAAAUUGUGUCAUGGCUGCCUCUCAGGGAGAUAUAUAGUUUUUAGCAGGUACAUGAAAUAAUCUUCACUGGAAAAACUGAAAUAUUAAGUACUAAAUAUAAAAAUGUACAAAGUAACUACUGUUUUAACUUGCUUUAGGCCUAGGUCUGUUUCAUGUUUUUGUUAAAUUACUGAGAUAUUAUCACUCUUCAGAUAUUUUAUGUGAUAACAUUGUUUACUGAUUAAAAAUUUAAAAUAAUGCAAUAUUUAUAUUUAAAUGUAUUUCUAAAGGUUAAAACAAAUAUUUAUUGAAAUCAUAAAAAAAUCAUGUUUUUAAACCUGCAUUGUAGCAUGAAAUAUACAGAAAAUGUGUGGUUAUAUCACUGAGCUUCCUGUGCACUCAGAAGACCAAUUGUAUUAUAUUCAUUUACAGCCUUGGCCAAAAGUGUUAGUUCACUUAAGUAUUAUUUUGAAAUGCAAAAUAGGAGCUGAAUAAUGACAAAUAAAUCCUGUGAUAUUUUUUAUUGUAACUCAGAAAUACACAAUUUAAUAUUAGGUUUUAAACUUCAGCAUUUACGAUAAUUAUUUUUAGUCAUAUUUCUUUUAAGAUUAAGACUAAGUGGCUUGAUCCAAUUAUGUACUUUUUUUAGAAUAACUUAUAGGAAUUGGUUGACUCCUUGAAUUACUUUUUUCUACAACUUCCAAGUUUUACUUAACAAUUGUAAUGCCAUCUUGGAUCUGAGAAGGCAAGUUGAGAAGUUUUAAUUUUUUUUUAAAUUGCUCAGUAUUUUUCUAUACUGUUUAAUUGAAGAUAUUUUUUCAGAAACAUAGUGUUCCUUUUAUUAUUAAAUCCAACAUUCUUUCAGUAAUUAAAUUGAGUAGACAAAAAUCAAAUUGUUUGGAUGUUAAUGUUUCAAAAAUAUUAAAUUUAGAUUGCUUGUAAUUUGAUAAAUAAAUAUCUGCUAAAAUUUCAAAUUUUACUAAUUCUUUUUCUACUAGAAGAAAAUAGUUAACAUUUUGUCUAUAAUGUAUCUUGAACUGUGCAAUUGGUUUUGAAAAUUCAUUCUGAUUUACUUUAUGUAGCAAUUUUCACUAUUUUAUUUUUGUUUGAAAUAAACAGCAGAAAGCUCAGUAUAAAAAAUGUUUAUUUUAUAACCAGUAAAUAAUUUGGCAUUGUUGAUAGGAAAGUUGAUAUUGAAUUUUAUUGAUUAUAAAUAUCUAUUGGGUUAGGAAUGAGGUUUUCUUAAUGGUUUAGGAAUGAAUUUUAGCUAGUGAUAUGAACAACAGUUGUUUCUUUUUGGUUUCUGUUAGGAUAGGGGCUGACAUGAAAUUAUAUGUAUAAGCAGUGAGUAUAGAAAUAAUGUGAAUAGAAAUUCAAAACAGAAGUAGGUCAAUAUUGAAUUCAUAUUCAUAUUGAGGUCAAUAAAAACAAAACUAAACUGGAUGAAAAUAAUGCUGUUCUGGAUAGCGUGGCUUUUACAAUAAAAAAUAAAUAGUACUUCACUUUUUUAAUUCCUCUUUUUUUUAUUAGUUUAUUUGUUGUAAACAAAAGAAGAAUUUUAACAGCUGCAUCUAUUAAAACACUGCAAAUUAUUACACACAUAUUAGACAUUAUAUAUUACAUACAUAUUAUUCCCAAACAAAUUAACAUUACUUACCAUGUAACAUAAAGGAUAAUAGAUAAAAUGUGAUUCCUAAUAUUGGCCUAAAUAAUUUUUUUUUCAUUGAUAAUUUACUAAGUAAAGUAGACAAAUUACAUCAGUUAACAUAAAACUUUAAAAAAAUUAAAACCAAAACAAAGAAUAUAAGCAUUGUAGUAGAACAUGUGAAGAACAUUUAAAACACCAUAUCUUUGUACCAAAUUGUACGAUUUCAAUGAUUAUUUUUUAUUAAAUACUGUAAACGUUUUUAAAAAAAACCCAUUCAAAUUAUUAUAAAAAUCAUAAAACAUAAAAAACAUUUUAAAAAUAGCGUAAUAUCUUUUUUAUGCCUAUAACCUAUCUUUUUUUUAUGUCCUUUCCCCCCGUUGUACCUUAGGGCAACCCUAUCUCAGCGGCGCAUCCAAUUUUUGUAACUUAAUUAUUUUAACACAAAUUUAAUUAGGAUUCGCUCACCAGGAUAGCUAACCGAGCGGGCAGGCCUGCUCCCAUUUUGAUCCAAAUUCAUAUGCCAAAGUGAGGCAAAAUUCAGUUUCUCAAUUUGAUUGCGGCAUUAAUAACGAGUACCUGUAACUGGAGUGCUGUUCCUACCAAAAAAGACUCCAGUAACUUAUUACCUACUUUUGGUGGGCUUAUACUAAAAAGUGUGAAUUUUAACAGCUGCAUGUAUUAAAAAAAGUGAAGUACUGUUUUACCAUAAAUUAAACUAGGUUUGAUGUUCUCUGUAAGAAUACAAUUUAAAAUUAAUUGUUUUGUUACAAUGACCCUUCUCUGAAGUUUGGCUUUUUCUUCUGAGAAAUUCCUUAUAUCAUUUGUAAAAUUACCAAUGCAUUAUUUCUAUGUGAUAAAUGUUAUAUUUAGAUUGUUUCUAACAAGCUUUGGUGGUUUCUGUUAUCAGAAGAAUUGAUUCAUUUUAAUCAAAAAUGAAAAGUUUUUACCGGUUUUUAGAGAUAUUUCAAAAACAUAUUUUAAAAAAGGUUGUUUAAUGAAUCAGUUUCUAAUGGAUUUGUUAUUGCUAUGUUUAUAAAUUAAGUAUACAUAAUUUUGCAAAACAUGUAGAUUGUUUGUUUAUUGCAAAUAAUCAGCAAGUAUAUUUUUGAUGGAGCUAAACUUUUAAGUACGCUUUAGAAAAUUUUGAUGUUAUUUAUUGAUGCAAAAGCAGUACGUCUAUCAUGGCAAAACAAGCCAUUUUAUGUAUCAAAAUUUGUUACACUCAGGGGAGAAUAUUCUGAUUUCACAGCGGGAAAAUUCAUCAAAGUACUUAUUGGUUUAAUUUUAUGAAACAAUACUUGAUGGUUUUUUGUGACUAACCAAUUAUAUAUUGUGGUUUUUUAUAGUGACAUUUACCUUUUUAUAAUAAUUACUUUUCUGAAUUUUGUAUCCAUUUGAAAAAAAUCCGUAAUUGUAACCUUAUUUAUAGGCUGUUUGAUCAAGGCAGUGUGUUCAUAUGUGUUCAUAUUUUAACUAGGUAGUAAAUAAAUAAGUAAAUAUUUCUUAUUAGUUUUUAAGUGAUUGUUUAUUGUGUAAAUUAUAAUUUUUACUUUUUUUUUUUUUCAUAUUUUUGUAAAUAUGUAUAUAGAUAGAUUUGAAAAUGCUUACCGAAUAAAAUUUUGAUGACAGAGUUUAAUUUUAAAAUUUUGAUGUUGGAUUAUUAUUUUUAAAAAAUUGAUUUUAUUUCCUAUUUAUGAUAUCACCUUGCAAAAUAUUUCCAAUAAUCGAUGGAUGUGAUGAAAAUUAUUAUAAUAGAAAUUCAAUUAACUAGAACCAAAGUAAUGGUGAGAGGUACAGUCAUAAAUGAAGCAAUGUUUUAAAUAUGUAUUAAUCUGAUAAUUAACCGAAAGAGAAAAAAAGAAAAACAAAAUGUCAAGGUUGGAAACGAAGUUUUGGAAAUAAGAGACAAAAUAUAUUGUUAGAAAGCUUAGAAUUUUAUACAACAUUGUAUUUAAUAUAUAAAUGAAGUCAUAGGAGUUCAUAGAGAGUAGAGUGACGAAAAAUUAAUGACAAAUUUUUGAUAAUAAUGUGUUAUUUUGUAUUAUUGAAUGAAAAAUAAAAAAAUACUUUUAAUUUAAAAAAUAACCCCACAAAUGAUGUAUAUCGUUUGUGUUCACAACACAGUUUUCUGGAGCUAACUUUCUUCGGUUGAUGAAUAAAGAUAAUGCCCAUGACUUGAUAAAGUUCUUGAAUGACGUAAAAGCAGUCAUAAUGAAAGUCGACUCUUAUUCUUAUUUAUUGUAAUUCUAAUUCACCUCAGUUUUUAACUAUUAGUUUUUCUAGUUUAAGUUCCAUAUAAGUUACAUUGAGUUAUCAUCUAUCUAUAAAUAAUUAAUAUAUAUCCAGUGUAAUUCCAUCCUACUAUGACAAUUAAAAUAUUUUACUGGCAAAAUAGGACUUGCUUUUACAAGUCUUAAAGCAAGUCUCUGUGCCUACCUUCUGUGGCUCCUGUUCCUUUCCUCAAAUAUUCUAAAAUGAAAAGUAGGAACAUCAUUCAAACUCGUUUUCCUCUUUGCUUAUCUCCAAAUCGUUAAAAAAAUGCAUGAAACUGCUAUAAUUGAUUCACUGGUUGACGAAAUAUAAGAUGAAAAACGAAUGAAAAAUUUGUAUUUUGGGCGUACUAGGGAGUGAAAUUUCCGCAAAGGCUGAUGGAAUUGAACAAUUUCUCAAAAA